UUGUUUCACGGUUCUCUUAUGUUCAGCCCAAUCGUCUCUCAUUAAUCACUCUAUCCGAGUCCAUGUUAAAAGUUUUUAUAGAAAGCAUCCUCCAUCCACAUACCGCUCCUUAAACAAACUAGGUCUGACUUGCACAACAAGAUUUAACCUUACGUCACCUGUCCAGCUGAAAGCUGGGACUCUGUGGAUUGAGACAUUAUUUGCUGAGCUCUAUUCUUACUCUGCUCUUUAAAAAAAACCUAGGUGCACUGAUUUAAAACGAUUAGGCAGGACCAUGUGGCACAGAUUGUGAGCCUGAUGUGCCCGCACUUCUCUGUCUAUUUACAUGAGCGGGUGCAACAGACAAACAGGCGAAGCUGUAUACCAUUCACUCCUGUUUACCACACCGGUCUUGAGCUGCUAUUUUAUGAAUGGCUGAGAAUGCUGUCCCCUUACAGUGCUACUAUUUUGGUUAAAUCAGCGCUUAACCUCAUGAAGUGUUAAUUGCGUGAGGCAGGCUUCGUAAAUCAUUAACCCUAGGAAAUGAUCUGUUACAAAACGCUGCUUAUGCUAAUUUGAAGCAUCUCUUCUUGUUGUGUAUACUCAUUCCAGAACAAGCUAAGCAUGCGGUGUAUGAUCAUUUGAAGCACAGUAUCCUGGGUCUGAUUAGCCUGCGUGCUGCGUCUUCUGCUUUGAGUAGGCACACCAGGACUGCUGGGAGGCUUAUUAACAGACAGACAGGGAGGUGAUAUAGGAUGCUCCUACACUAGCUCUUAUCGUUUUCCCGCCACAGACAUCAUUAGCCUUUAUGCGAGGAUGCUCUACCCCAACAGCACUUCUGUCUUUAUCACAUCAGUACUUAACCUCAUGGAAUGUAUAUGGAGUGAACAAGGCUUAAAGAUUGCAUUGUAGAACGAUCCAUGCUGCAAAACCCUACUAUUGUUAUGGCACCAGGACGUUUUGUACCAGCUGACUCAUAACUGUUUGCAGUAAACGUCAUAGACAGCAUAACACUGUCAACACGUAGAUAAAAGUGUCUGCCAGAUGAAUAAAUAUAAUGUGAAAUGUAAACAUUGGCCACGGCGUAUAUGUGUAGGUGGACGCCACACCUGUCAGUCACUGUCCACACCUUCCUCUUAGUGAGACUGCAGACACGAGCAAGACUGGAACGAUGUAGCAGCGUGGCAGAAUUGAUUCUGCACAUUGUCCAUCAGGACGAUUUGGCAGUAGCUGGGGCUUAGGCUUGAAAAUGAUUGAUUUAACAGACAAACAGCACUUCAGCCGUUAGGGUUAAACAUGUGUAGUAUACUCCCUAGACUAAGCUUAAACCAUGUAUUUGGUUUAUAUCAGGAAAAACUACUCCCAAGCUAUACUCAGUGGCCACUAUCAGGUAUACCUAUUAUAAAUGUGCUCUUUGUAAACAUACAAUUAAUGUACAGCCCAAGGAUAGAGGCUGUUAUAAGGAUCUCCACUGACCAGAUAUUAUUUGGGUAGUUCUCAGUACAGCAGUGUCAGUGAUGUGUUAAGAGGUGAUGCACUGAUAUGAGUAUCAUGCACAGCUAAGGUUUUUAAACACCCCACUGUCACUGCUGAGUUGAGAAUAAUCCACCAGCCAAAGGUGUUCAGUCAAGAGCAGUACUGUGCUCUGAAACUUAGCACUGAAAAGGGGCUGAUUAACACACUGUGCGUGUAACAAAAUGAAUGCUGGUGUGUAUUUGUGUGUGUGAGUGUGAAUAAAUGCAGACGGGUGACAAAUUAAAGAGUGUCUUCGUAAGGUUUUUAGCCACCACAAGCCACUAGAACCGCUACACUGAACCUUGCAGCUGUAUUGGAUAGAUGUACUGGUGCGAUGAACUCCAUUCUUCUAAAAAAAAAAUAUUCGCUCAGUUGGUGUUCUGAUGUUUUGCGUCACUCCAAACUCUCCCAUAGCUGCCCAACUGGAUUGUGAUGGGGUUAUUGCGAAGGUCAUAGCAUGUGAUAUACAUCAUUUUCAUACUCCUCAAACCAUUCGGUGAGUCCUUGUGCCAUGUGGAUGGGGUGGAGUCAUUCUCAAUGAGGAUAAAGGUGAUCUUUGUGUUGAGCAGGCAGGAGGUUCCCUUCAAGGGGACAAGAGAACCCAAACCAUGCAAAAUGCCCCUCAUAUUUAUGAACUUAGGUACUAAGGAUUCAGUUUUUUAUCAGUCAUCACUUCUCUUUCAUCACCACAGGUGUUGUUUACUGUCUUUCCAACAAGAUAAGCUAGAGAUCAGGGAGACCAAGAAGACUCCUGAGCUUUUUGUUGAGCACCUUCAUCAGACUGAAGGAUUUCUCCUUAAUGUACAUAACAUUAACGUCCUCUCACUAAUUAUGAGUGAGGAAGCUUAAGGAAAUACGGCCCUUUAAUAAGCCCAUGGAAUGAAUGUCAUGUUUUGGCAACAGCUAUUACGUCACCAGGCAUUUCAAAUAUCAGCUGGUUUCACUUCCUACAACUCUUAUGAAGGACUUUUUUUCCGAAAUGUCCUGUUACUUUGGAAACAUUGUGUACUAUUCUAAACCUUCACUUCUUUUCCCUACAUGUUUAUAUAUCUGUGUGUAUAUGUACAGCUGGGGUAUCUCCUUCAUUCUCUUGCUGUAGGGAUGGAGAAUGUGAAACUAGCUUCAUUUACAGGAAGUAGAAUUUGAGCAGUCAAGUCAAUAAUUAUUUUAUCUCUGUUUUAUUCAGCUGUCCUGAAGCCAAUGCCAACAAAAACCCCUUUGACGACCUUUUCAAGACAAGAUCUAGUACAAUUCCAAGAAAAUUACUGGAAGCAGUUAAUUUGUGAGCCGAGUCCACCAAAAAUAGCAGGAGAAAUUUUUACAAUUCAGAAAUAAAGGAGCUGCUAGCGAAUCACCGGUAGACUCCAGGAAUGCAGCGUAAAUAGACGACAUGGUGAACGAAGCCAAGUGUUUGAACUGUAACUGCCACCAAAACUACUGAUUUGUUAAUCAUCACAUCCUGUGUAACAGCAAAUGUGUGUGUUUGCCUGUAAAAUGCUGUUUAAAGGCUGAGAGUAUGAAUGAUGCAAAGCCUCAACGUUAUCAGUAAAGGUAUGACGAUAAUGUUACAGGUAUUGAGUGCGAAAAUACUAACACUUUCUACAGUUCAUCAAGUUUGCAAUACAGCCUUGGCAAUAUUUGUGUAGUUUUUUUUUUUCUUUUCAAAAUAUUUGUUGGAAUCAACAGGCACCAUCCUUUUGCACCGCCCACCACUGAUGUAUUUAUGUAUUUUCAGUUCAUCACCGUAUUUGCCAGUUGGGAUCUGGUGUGAUUGUGUCAUUAUGGCACUAUCCAGCAUGUUCUCCGGACCGGCGCCCGUCUCUUUCCUGUCGUGCGCGUGUGGAAAUUCCCACUCCGUACAACAGCAUUGUCCCAGUGUUGUUGUUCCACAGCAGGUCAGGACACACACAGCUUCCCCUCGCCUCUAAAGCAGGGUGGAGGAACCUCCUCCCUGCUCCCGUCCAUGCAUCCUCCCACCACUGGGACACAAUGGGGUCCGUGUCCAUUGCUCGAGCAGUCAGCCUUUACAGACUUGGCAUGAGUUGGUGAUCCUUUGCGCAUACCUGUGAUGCCAUGGCGGCUGCAGAUAAUUACUUUCAGCGCAGGCAUCUUACAGUGUGUCCUGUCCUACAGGUGUAAGAUCUGAAGUGACCUACUUCAAGUCUUUGUAUUUGAUUGAUCUUGAUUGGGUGUGUGUGUGGAGAGAGUGAGUCAGAGGAUUUGGACUACAACAGAUCCCUUUGUCAAAUGGACGGUGACGACUGUUCAAGUUUGUGUGUGUGUGUGUGUGUGUGUGUAUGGGGUGAAGAGGAGAGGGGAGUGAGCUUGGGGGCAGACUUGUAUACAUCUUAUUGUCACAGACAGAAUGGGUUCUUUCUUAGACUAGUGGGUGAAGAGACACACACAGUACACAUUCGUGGCACACUCUGACACGCGGAAACACACUCUUACACGCGCACACAGCAUGAUGUUUAUCUGUGAGUUCACAAUAGAGCAGUGGAUGUAUCGAAACUCAAGUGUGUGAGUGUGAUGGUGUUUAGUAAACAAACUUCACUAGUACUAUUUCACUAAUGUUCUUUUCUUCUUAUAUAAUAAUUCUUAACCUAAUAUACUCAUAACCUAAAAUGUAUGCUAUAUACUGAAAGCAAUGUACACAUGUAUGUAAAUGAAUAUCUUGGUAUGAAAGAAGUAAAAAAAAAAAAAAAAAAAAUACACUAUAGAUCUGAGUGAAAGAAGUAUUAUGACAGACACAAAGGAAACACGCACACAAAGGAGAGCGCUAUCUGCACUCUUCUACAUCCAUGAGCUCACAGGUGCCUGUGAUUGGCUACUGUCGCUCUGACUGACAGGGCAGAGAGGGUAUGCCAUCCCUCCCACCCAGAAAGAACGGCCAGUUUUGCUCCCUUGGUUCCCAACAUGGCAUUGUUAGCAACUGCAGUUUUUAAUUAACAAUGAAUGAAUGAAAUCCCUCUCUUUUUAACCGUUUGUAGCGACGAUUUAAUGUUAUGGAAGGUCAUAGAAGCAAGUUAGUUACUGUUAUCAUUUACAGUACAGCAUCUAUUAAACCGCACCUUCUGAUUCGAGAAUUCAACAGUGCUGUGAUGUAAUAUAAUUUAAUGAAUAAUCUUUCAGUGAGUCAUUUCCUGACGUGUAUGUGUAUUUUGAGUAAUAUGUAAAGAGGGUGGCUGCUGUGUGUGCGCUGUCAGUGUGCCGUUUAAACCCAGUCACUCAAAUCUGAUUGUGGAAACUUUCUUCAUUCCCUAAUAUCAUGUUUUCAUUUUAGAGCCCAGUCCAGCCUUCAUGCACAGGAUGUAAGAGGUACAGCAGAAUGCUGCAUGUGGGAAAUCGCGCCCAAGGGUAGCCACAGAGAGAAUCCCUCUCUUUUGAUGUCAGGUCAAACGGUAUUACUACAACAAACGGAUCUUGCACAAAACUAAAGGCAAGCGCUUUACCUACAAGUUCAACUUCAACAAGUUGGUCCUUGUCAACUACCCCUUCAUAGACAUGGGGUCUGCAGGUGUAGGCGUUCCUCAGAGCGCUCCUCCCGUGCCCACAGGUGGAGUGUCUCAUUUCCGUUUUCCCCCCUCCACCCCAUCUGAGGUUCUCUCCCCCAGCAGUGAGGAGUUGAGAAGCCCGGGCUCUUUCAGCAGCGUGGCACGGCGCCUGGCUCGAGGCUCCGUGUCUGACUGCAGCGAUGGCACCUCCGCCAACUCAGAGAUUGAUGAGGGCAGCCUCAGCGUUGGAACGGCUGAAGAGCGGGUGCCUGAACGAGGAUUCAGGAGCGCUGUGCCGCCUCGCCUGACCCAUGAUGCUCUGUACCGGAUGUACGGAAAUCACGGGGGUCACAGGGGUCAUCGCGCUCACCCGGAGCCACUCUCUCCUUUCGCUCCCGCAGGCUCAGGCCUGUUGGCUCCACCGCCGCUCUCCCCUGCCCUGCCUGUGACAGCGGGCACACACCUGCCCUACACACCCUCACCCACGCUGUCACCGAUGCCAGGCUCCAUAUUCUCAUUCAGCGCUGAGGAUAUGCAGCGCUACCUGCAGGCACAUACGCAGAGUGUCUAUAACUACCACCUGAGCCCGCGCGCCCUCUUCCACUACCCCAAUGUGGUUGUGCCCCAGCCGCAGCGGCCCGAGAAGCCUCUGCCUAGUACCACCGAGCGUCCGUCCGUCCUCACCCACUCAUACCCGCUGGCCCCGGCUGACGACGCCCAUCACACCCCCUUUAAGUUCAAGCUGCAGCCUCCACCACCAGGCAGAAAGCAGCAGCGUGAGGCACAGGGACACCAGGGUUCCCUCGGCUCUUCCUCCUCGUCUGCCCUCGGCUCUUCGCUCUCUUUUGGCAGUGACCUGAGCUCAGGCAUCGUCUCCAACUCUUCAUCAAGCGGCUCGCUCAACAGCACAGGCCUACCCAAGAUCAAGGUAGAGCCCAUCUCUGACAUCGAAUCUGAGGAGGAGGUUGAAGUCACUGACAUCAGUGAUGAGGAAGGAGAUGAGAGAGAUGAAGAGUUCUUCUCUCCCCACCGCCGCGACCACCACCAUCAUCACCACCACCACCACAUUUUUGGACGCCAGUCCAACGGCACUUCUGCUCCUCCUCAAUAUGAUGACUCUGAGGAAGAUGUGUUCAAAGCCCCAGCUCCUCCACCACUCUUUGGUCCACCUUCCUCAUCAUCAUCUCGUGGCGGCAUGCCUGUGGUAAAGAGUGAGCCGGACACGCCCCCAGCGCCCAGCGGGCAUGGGCACGCCCCCUUGCCCUCUCCUUCUCAGUGCAUCCCAUUAAAACUGCGCUUCAAGCGGCGCUGGGACCAGGAGCAGCACACUGAGGAGGCCGAGGAUAAAAAAGUCAGGGGGGACAAAAAGAACGGAGAGAGCAGUGGAGUUGAGAGGGAGGAGAGCGAGAGCUCCGCCCCUCACAAACUGGGCGCUGAACUGCACCGCGCAGCCGCCCAGCUGUCUCUGGAAAACAAGGACUGCUGAUGCAAGUGACAUGCUGACACACGUGCAGAAUGAGCAUUGAUACCUACAAUGGUCAAGAACAAUGGCUGCUGAUGUUCACACACUCGCAGACGGACAUGACUCUUUUUAGAGAUCUACGAUACUGACAGUUGAAUAUACACGCACCAGCACUCUUGACGGCAGCCCAGAAACAAAACUGACCCCCCUCUUCACUUCACAAACAAGUGUUUUCAUUUCAGAGCUCACCAAUGUAAACUUUGUCAGAAGGUGAUCGUAAUAAGGAAAUAGUAACACGCACACACACACACACACACACACACACACACACCACUGACCCUCAGGAGACUUUGACAAUUGGCACUGGAGGACAUUUUUUAUUUUUAUUUUUAUUCAGUGAAGUGCCUGCAAACGAAUCCCUCAGACACCCACAGACAGCAGAGAGAAAGGCAAAACAAGUCUUGGACUGAAAUGAUCACAUGAUCAGCAUAAACACACGAGCAGAUCAGCUAUCAUUAGCUUUGGGUGGAGUGUUUGUCUGCUUGUCCUCAUCCUCAGAGAGGCACUGUUGUAAAUGCUCUACGAGCUGUGCUGUACACGUAACCAGCCUGGCCAAGUUGCUCAGGGACCCUUUAUGGCACACACACACACAUGCAGACACGCUCACACAACCACAUAUACAUGACUGAUAAAUCCACCUGUCGCUUGUGUGAAGCCUGCACUGGACUGCAUUUCCCUAAAGCUCCUCAGCCGCAUGACCAUCGAUAUGUGAUAAAACUAGGAGUGUUCACAACGCCUAUUGUAACUCCUCAAAGUUUUAACAGUGGAUAUUGCUUUUUUGUGACAGUUUUGGGAAAGCAAGCUCAGAUGGUUGGAAGUGUGUGUUGUGAUGUUUCUGAGUGUUCUCAGGAUCUCUCUUCUCUCUCUAUGUAAACCAGCUCACCUCAGCGCGCUCUCUCUCUCUCCCUCCCUCUCUCUCUUUCUCUCUCUCUCUCUCUCUUUCUCUUUCUUUUUGGCUCAUUCUGGGACCAGAAAAUACUGUUGUAUUCCAUUCUUUUUUCUGUGUGGAUGAAAGGAUUCGUGUUUUACAGCUCUGAAGAUUGCAGAUCCGUUUGGCUAAAUGAAGCUUUGGGAUCAUAGCCGAGUGGAGCGAAGGUGGAUAUUUUGUUACUUUUUUUUUUGUUUUCUUUUUUUUCUCCUCCCUUUUUUUAAAACACACAUUCUUGUCCAAUGUAGUCACUCGUUCUUAGUUCUCUGCGCUCGCUGUGUGAGUGAUCAGCGUGUCAUUCGGUGCAGGAGAGGGGCCGGAGGGCUACGCUUUGGGUUGUGUAAGUGUAGGACGUCCUGUGUGGGCAGUGUUUUUUUUGUUUUGGUUUGGGUUUUUUUUUUACCUGUGUGGGAAUUAGAGUUCCUCUCAUGUAAUCCUACAGAACCUCCUGGGGAAUUGUGGGAAGUGUAGUUUUAAGCGUCUUUGUGGCGUAAGAGGCACCUGAUUCAUCCUUCCCCUACACACUAACAGAUAGCAUAACAGGCCAGAAUUUUACACUGCCUUUUAGCAUGUCGAGACGAAAACAUGAAAACUCAGACUAUACUGUUUUAUAUCUAAACCUGUUAUGUAUAUUGUAUGAAUAUUGUAAGCUGCAGUUGUGGAACCAUAGCAUUAACAAUAUGUAAUUAUCCAGGGUUUUGAAAGAGGUUUUGUUUUAAAAGGCCUGGAUGUCAUAUAUAGGCAUUUUUGGGUUGGGGUUUUAUUUUGAUUAAUUUUUAUACAUAUGUGUGUAUGAUUUUAAAAAAAAAAAAAAAAAAAAAAAACACAGACACAAAUAGCGAAAGACAAAAUCACACCAAGCAUUCUAUAGAAGCAGAGCUCUGAACCUUACCUGAUGCAAGUGCCGCCAUUCUGUUCUAUUUUAAAAGUGUGUGUGUGUGUAUAUGUGUGUGUGUAUGUGUAUUUGAAUGUGAAUGUGUGAAUAAAUGAAAGAGUGAGUGUCAGCCUGCCUUGUCUGUCCAUCUCCUGGGUAACCACCAGUCCAGAGUUCAGCAUAGUGGACUUCCUGAAGGUCUGUGAACUUUAGCCCAGCUGUGAGGACACUUGUACACAGCAUUGGACAAGAGACUGUGUGAGAUGGCCAAUCAGAACUCGGUGAGGGCGGAGCCUGCAUCCUGCCAUCAGGAAGAGGCACAGAUCCUUUGGGCAUGUCGUUCACACUGUACAGUAUUUAUCUUUUGACAGAACUGGCAAGUUCGAUGGCUCCGCUUCUGACAUCCACUGUCCCCCAUCCUCUUUAUGUGACUGAUAGUUGCCUUACUCUUUAUUCCACAAGUAAAACUGUCCCUUAACCCGUAUCCUGCCCAGGAGCCCCGCCUUCUUUUCCUGACCUAUUGAAUGAUUUGUUAGGUCUCCUGACCGGCUGCGCUGAGGAAGGCAUUGCUUUGUGUGAGGGACAUGGCGCAGGACUACGUAUUUUAAGCAGGUUAAUUUCUCUUUCACGUUUGGUUUUUUUUUUUUUUUUUUUUUUUCAUAUGAUGUCAAAUUUGCUGUUUAUGAUAAUUAUCAUUAUUGACAUUUUUAUUGUUUAUUUUUCCUCAUGUAGUCAUACGUUUGGGUUCCUCAAAGAAAUGAUCUAUUUGAGAGCAGAAUCUCUUGCCGUUAACCCAACCAUGUGUUAUACAUGUAACAGUUAAACCUUUUUAAAGUUGUAAAAUAACUAAAAGCUGUAAUUAUAUUUCAGGCUGUUAUAAUGGAGACAGAUGAUAGUGUAUGGAGUUAGAGGGGAGACGUAUGAUUUUUAACUCUGGUCAUGUAAUUCGUUAUUUUGUAAUGUUACUCUUCUGUUGAUCUUGCGUGUUUCUUUUUCAUUUGUGGGAUUACAUAAUUUGAAAAGAAACUGUAUUGCUUUAUUGUGUAAUGGUCUUUCUCUCUCUCUUUUACCUUCCUUCUCUCUUUAUUUCUGUGGUAUCACAGCUUUUAAUGACAGGUUGAGUUUUAAUAACAAAUUGUAACAUUUUAAUUCUCCUUACGUUUGUUGAUUUCUGAUGUUUUUAAAUGUAAUCAGGGUUAAUUAAACUGGUUAAUACCA